GAUCAUUUCUAAAGUUUAAGCGACAAUCACAAACAAUCAGAUGGGACAACGACUGGUGACAAUGGAUCAGUGAAGAUAGUGCAUCAAGGACAUACUAGCCCCGCCUUCAAUUUGGGUUUUCUCGUUUUUUCCCCUCACCAUCCUCAACCCGCAUGUCCAACCUUGCCAUCCAACGGCUCUCGCCGAUCUACACGCGGUCCUUCCUGAUUGACACUGACACGUAAAGACCUAACUGCUGGGAGGCCUGAUACCUGUUUUGGGCUAUAUACCUGUCCCUCGUGGAAAUUUCCCCGCUAUAAUCCCCACUUCCAAAACGACAUCAACAUCAUGCUACGGGACGCUGAUAUCCAAGCCUUGGACAGCCAUGUGGGCUCCAUCAUCCAGGAUAAUGAACAGCAUCAUGAGCGUGUACAGGGUCUGUUGGAACGGUUUCAGCUCCUUCUAGAUAGUUACAACCAGCUCCGGAGUGAUUAUGAGGAGGAGCGGGAGAACCGGGAGAAGUAUAAGAAGCUGGCGCGUGGACAGGAGCGGAACCCUUUUGCAUUGGUGUUGAUUGACGGCGAUGGCUACCAGUUCAAGGAACAUCUGAUUCGUGCGUCGGCAGAAGGCGGCAUCACUGCGGCGCGUUUAUUAAACGAUUCGAUCAAGGAACUCCUCCAUGAGCGACUAGGUCCUCAAGCGGAUCAGUGCCGGAUCAUGGUUCGCAUUUAUUCCAAUCUUUUGGGGCUGUCCCGGUCACUAGCCCGUAACGGGCUGGUUGGAAACGAAGCACGGUCUCUAUCGCCGUUUGCUUCGAGCUUUACUCGUUCUCAGGAUUUGUUCGACUAUAUCGAUGCCGGGGAUAAGAAAGAGGGCGCGGAUUAUAAGAUUAGAGAGUUCUUCCGGUUGUUUGUAGAGAACAAUCAGUGUAAACAUAUCUUCUUUGCGGGAUGUCAUGAUACUGGCUAUCUGUCUUUGCUGACCCCCUACGUUGGCAAGUCGGAACGCAUUACCCUUCUCAGGGCCGCAUCAUUCCACCCCGAGUUUGAAAGUCUCGGUUUAUCUAUCAGGGAAGUGCCGUCCGUGUUUAUGUCAACUCCGUUGGGUAGUACGCACGUACCCUCAACUCCCGCUACUCCCACGCGGCCUAUCUGCAAACACUUCCAAAAGGGUACCUGCCGAUAUGGGGCCGAUUGCACCAAACUCCAUAUCGCCUCCAAUCCUCAAGUUUCUAAGCAACAAGACCGUAGCCCCCCGCCCCCGUGGCGUACGCCUGUCCCAACUCGCGAUCAAGCCUACUUCUCGCGUCAUCUGCCGAGAGACAGUAGAAAAUCCCGGGAAUUCAUAGCCGUCAAUAAGAACGGAGAGCGUCUGGACACUUACAGUCCUUUGCCCUCUCCCGACGCCUGGGAUGCCUAUAACCGACGAGCCAAGCAGCAUAGGCUGUGCAACAAAUACCACCUCGGUGGUGAAUGUGGGGACCUCAGCUGCGAAUAUGACCACAGUAACUUAGAGUCCACGUGCGUCAGCGUGAUGCAGUAUAUCCUGCGCCAGCACGCCUGUUCUAGGGGGCCUAGCUGCCGCUCUUUGAAGUGCUAUCUCGGUCAUAUUUGCCAGAGGGAUGGCUGCAAGGGUACAAAACCAUGCAAAUUUAGUCGCCAUGCCCACCUGCUCGAUUUAGAUGUCGCGCAAUGGGUCGCCCCUAUUGAGCACGAGAUGGAUGAGACACCUUUGAGCGAUGGUUCGCUGGAGGUGAACUCCACCACUGAUCCUAACAAUAGCUUCUCAUUCCUUAUGAAAGAUGUCGUGUUUUAGACGACCCGAAAAUACGGCAAGUACAACUUUUACUAUCUAACUUGAAAUGCCUCGCAUUGGGUUAUUUUUGCGAGGCUUUUCUGAUUACAUUUACUUUGAUCUUUACUUUAUCGAAGAGCAAAGACAUACACGGACAGAAACUCGAGAGGUGAAUAGAGCCCAACAACAGCGAAGCCAGACAAAACAACACCAGGUCACGGUAUGGGGCCUUGGCAAAGCUACGUGAAUAUUAUCAUUUAAGCUGGAAAAAGUACAACCGUUUUGAAA